AUGUCAGUCCGUUCCACCCCCGGUCCGUCGCCCUACCCGACCUUACCCACCUACAGCACCCCCGACGCAUCUUCCUCCAAACGAUCCAUCCGAACACCUUCUUACGUUCCUAGACCAUCUAUUCCAAACUCUUUCCGUCAACCAUCCAUCGCUCCUUCAGUAGCUGGCACGUCCACACCCACGGUCCUAGGAGCAGGAAGGAGGAAACGCAUCAAUGCCGAUGGACAGGGGAGUGGGACUUUAACUCCUACCUCGAAGGAUGAUUGGGCGAACAUGGAGCCUGACGAGGUAUUUAGGAGGUUACCAGUCAACGAGGUGAAAAGGGUGGAAAGUAAAAUGAGGAGUGAUGCGUUGAACAAGCAAUCCGAACUGAGGCUGAUGGUAGGUACGCGAUAUCGUGAUCUCCUCACUUCAGCUACGCAAAUCGAAUCUCUCCAUGCAUCUUCACUCAGACUCUCAGAUUCGUUAAGGGAAAUAGCCAGAUCAUGUAGUAAUCCAGAUAUAAAUAUCACUUUGGACGGUGAUAAUUCGGAAGAUGGGAAUGCCAAUUCAACCGAGGAAGAUGAUUUAAUUAAUAUGUUGCCUACUGCUGCUCAUAUGAAACUCCUCUUGGAUGCCCCAGAAGCUUUAUAUUCGUAUUUGGCUCAUCAUAGUUAUCUGAAUGCUGCAUUUUUAUGGUUGAUCACUAGAGUAGUCAAAGAGAGCUUGAAUUCCAUGCCAGAGGAACAGAACGGGGCAUACCUCCCGCUUCUACAAAAGCAAUGGGAAACCCUCCUUCCCUUCCGAACACAAAUCGUCCAGAGGGCCACAGCGUCUUUACGAACCAAGGAUAAACUCGAUUCAAGAUCCUUAUCAGAGACUUUACUAGCUAUCAUCUUGUUGGACAACCUUCCUGUCUCAGAUGCCCUAGACCUACUGUUAUCUCAACGCACCAAAGCCCUCAGAGAUACCUUACAACAUGUCGAAGUGAACGCGGACCCUUCAAAAUCACCAGAAAAAGAUAGAGGGAAUCGUAAAAGGUCGAAUUCAAGGAUACAAGCUGCAGCCAUCACCCGAUCAAUCGUACAGGAACGUUCGACGAUAUCAAGUGUCAUAACUGAUUCAGUAACCUUGAUGCUGGAGACUGUAUCGUCCGUCAAGACAGUGUUCGAAAAGAACAUAUCACAAGGGCAGAAAGAAAGCUUGAUAGAAGAGAUGAUGAGACUGAUCCAAGUGGGAGAUAACACUACGAGUGCAGGUUCGAAUGCGACACCUGGUCCACCUCCUAUCAGUUCCAGACAAAAUUCGCAUCAGCGAAGAGCCUCAAGAUUAGCUAGUAUCUCAUUACCCUUAAAAUACACACCUUCGCUCAACACUUCUCCUUCGGCAAAUGGGAUAACAAGUAGUCCACCGAUAACUUCCUCAGAGGUUAUACAGAACCUACCAUCCAGUCAAAUACUGCUAAGAUACUUGCCCAACAACAUCAUAGGUUUCACACCGUUUAUCGCACCGUCUUCAUCACCCACCAUUUCUGAUAAGCUCCAAGCCUGGGAGCAAGGAUCGAUCAACUUGUUGAAGGGAUCUAUACCUGAUUGGCUGAAAGAUCUAAAGAACGUCAAGGAUAUCUGGGCAGUAAGGAAUUCCCUGAAUAACCUAUUGCAGCAAGGAGAAUUCGAGGAAGCCAUUAGGUCAGCACUUGAGGAUGAAUGGGGUAAGAGAGUGAAAGACGUUUGGAGUGAGAAACUGGGUUUGUUAGUGGGCAAUGCAGAGAAAGAAAUACGAGAAGCUGGAGAGAAAGUGAGGAAUGGCUCUGAGAAAUUAGAAAUAUCACCCGAAUCAAUCCUUUUCUCAGAUGUCUCGUUCCCCACAGGCCCUACUGCCAGUGCAUCAUUCUCAGCCACAUCGCAUAAUACGGCAUUCACCAAUUUCCGCUCCACCCUCCGUAAGAGAUCUUCAUACAGGACACCCCUCCUAGACAGCGUCUUGAACACCUUGGAAGAGACGGCUAAAAACAUCAAAGAGGAUAUGUCCGACCUGCCUGAGCUGUUAUAUGAUAACUACUCAGAACAGAUAAAUGCCACUUUGAACGGUUUGAUCAAAGUGUUGGAUAGGAUAUUGGAAAGUAUGGGAUCGACACGAGGAGAUGGCAAGGUUGGGGUCGAAGCUGAGAUCUUCGUUGGGAGGGUAGCUUUGUACCUUGGUAAUGGGAAGGAAAGUGGUUUCUUGGAUGACGUAGCUGGAUAUGGGAAGAUUGAUCGAGAUAACGUUGAGAAGAGUUUGUUGGCUGUUCAUAAAAAGUCUACGACAAAAUGGAAAGAACGAUCGAUCCAAGAAGCGCUCGUCUCACUUGCUCCGCUCUUCGAGCCAUAUAGAGGAUCUCAAGAGAUCAAGUCUUCUUGGCAAGGAGAUUUACCUUCAUCGCCUUCUCAUCCCAUUAUGGUAUCCCUUCAAUCAUUGGUCAGGUCCACUACUUCACUCGGUAUACCACCUUCGCUCAACUCGAGUUUGACGGUAGUGGAAAAAUUGGUAAAAGAUUUUGUAAAGAGCGCUAAAGAGUUGGAAGGAUGGAAGACCCAAGAGAUAUCUACGGAAGGUAGGAUACAGUUAUUGGUGGAUAUUGGAUUCUUGAUCAAUCUAAGUGGAGAGAAAGUCGGUGAAGAUGGAUUGAUCAAACGGGUAUCGAAAGAGACAUCCCCAUCAUUCACCCUCGGUGCACUUCAAGAAAUUAUAGAUCAAUCUUUAAGGAAAUCACAACUCCUCUUAUAUCCUCUCCUCUCCCAUCUUACUCCCCCACCACGACAAACAAGUAACAAAGGACAUUCACAUGAUACACGAAGGAACGCCGCUCUGUUGCGAUUCGGUGCACCUUCCAUCACCACCAGCACUGGAACUGGAACCGAGUUCAGGAGUCCGGUGGUGGCUGCUAAACCCGGGAAAAGGAUGGGAUUAUUAAGUAUUGCUGCGUAG